CGCUGUAGAUUCAAUUCUCAUACCCUUUUUUGCCGUAACAGCUGCGCUGUACCUACCAUUACUUUUACUCUCUCGAAUAAUCCAUACAUACAUAUUCACCAUGUACUUCCAAUCUUUCGCCAUCCUUUCGCUCGCUGCGUUCUCUGUCGCCGCACCUACCUCCAACAAGCGCGCAGUGGUUGCCCGCCAAAGCGGCCCAGUUCUUGCCGACACGACUUACAACGACAUCUCGAUCUCGGGUGGCCAGGCUGGAAAUGCGCAGGCGGAAGCCGCCGCAGUCUUCUCAGCACUCGACUUGCAGAACCCAGGAAACAUUGACCAAGCGGACCUCACUUUCCUCAAUGAGGUCAACCAAGUCGCCAACGAUGCGGAGAAGGAGGCCUUCAACCCAGCAGUAGAGGCUGCUACCGGUGACGAAGCCGAUCAGAUCCAGAAUGGAAAGAUCAAGAACAAAGUCUUGAAGCUCAUGGCUACUGUUAUCAAGCUUCAGGCCCAGGCAGCUCAAGGAGACGACAAUGCUGAUCAGCUUGCGGAGGAAAUGACGAAGCUCCAAAACAACAUAGACCAGGAUACCGCGGCUGCUGGCCAGGUCUCUAUUGCUGAGCCGUUCGAUGCUACCAUCUCUGGCGGAGGUAACUAAUGUGGAAGAGGGUUGGUUGUUUGUUUGACUGUCAGUAUCUGGAGUAUUUGCACUCGGGCCAUGGAACUUUGCUUUACUCCAUGCAAACAUAACUAGCUGCUUUGUGAUAUACCUACUACUGCAAUUGCGAAAAUUUCGCAUUCUUCACGACAUGCGUGUUUACUGUCCACUCUUUUCAGAAGUUUCAUCCCGUCUUUUACAUCUUUCAAGGUUCAC